AUGCAGAAAAGCGUGGAAGAGGCAGAAAAGAUGACGAUUGCCAAUGAGGAGGAUCGCGAGAAAACUCCGGAGAAGGAAAGCCAAGUUGAGAUAAAGCAAAGUGGAAAAACGAAGAAGGGAAAAACAGUUGAAGGAAGCGAAGUAGUGAGAAGCGAUAAAGAAACCCCCAUCGCCAAGGAAAAACGAACCCCGCAAGGCGGAGCAAAGGCAAACAACUCCAAGUGCAAUAAGGUAUCAAUACAAGAGGUUGAGAAAAGUGUUGAAUUGCCCGGUCAUUUUGGUAAGGAAAAUGAGGCAUGCGAUGAAGACAAGGAGAUGAAACAAUUAAAGGAGGAGCUCUACCAAGAAAGACGAAGAAAGGAAGACUUGGUAAGAAAACGAAUAAGGCUAGAAAGGCAAAACGAUAAGCUCUUGAUUAAGAACAAUCACCUAAAAAGAAAACAAACGGAACGUAACACCCAAAGGGGAGAAAAUACUUCGCGAAAUAAAUUGGCAUCUGAAGGACGUCAUGAGUAUUGGCGAGAUAGAAAGGGGCGAGGGGAACAAAAUGAACAAGAAGAUUUGAAAAUAACCAUAGAAAGUAGCAGGAGGGAGUUCAGGAAAAAGGAAUAUCAUAUGCAGUAA